AUGGAGAAGGCAGGUGCUCAUGAGGUGAUUGUGUUUGAUUAUGAGCGAGGGCUAUUUGAGGUCACUACUGGUCGUGGAGACCGUAUUGCGGGGAAAGGUGGAAAGAAACACACGGUUAACUUAAUGCAGAAGACAUGUACAUGUGAGAAAGUCAAAAUAUAUAAGUUGCCGUGUUCUCAUGUCCUUGCGGUAUGUCGUCACCGGAGCUUGUCAUAUAGUGGUUUUGUGGACGCUUCAUUUCUGACUAGCUCGUAUCGAUCUACUUAUAUGUCCUUUUUCAAGCCUGUGCCUGAUAUGCAUAAUUGUUCUCCAUAUGAUGGUCCGAGAAUUAUAGCUGAUGAGAGGCUAAAACGUGGAGCUGGACGUCCACGGUCCACUCGAAUACAAAAUCAAAUGGUACUAUCGUGUCGGUUGCAUCAUCACAGUCUCUAUCUUGACUGGGAGAUUCACGAUAGGGUUCUUCAGUAUGUCGAGCGGGCUGGUUUUCUCGGCAUACAUCGUUUGGUAGGGGGAGGUUUGAGAUUGAUAGACCACUUCUGA